CUUUACUUCAGCACUAAACUGAAGGAUUCUCAUGCGAUUCACCAUGUCUUCAGCUACAGCAAGGAUUCUCUUAGCUCUUUUCAUCUCACUUAUUGAACUCACCUCGGCAGAAAAAGAAAAGAAUGUGUCAAGAAGACCUUUAAGAGUAAAGACGCGGACUUCAGAGGAUAGUCUGCGGUGGAGACACCCCCAUUUGUCUGGCCAAAACAGUUCAGUGGCAGUGAGGGGCUACCUCCUUGGUGUUGGAGGAAGCGGCAGGAAAAUGCACAAUACACCUCUACAGCAGGACCAGAGAAAUCAUGAAAUACAGAAGCUUGCUUCUGAGUCCGUGUAUGUGGUAUCGCUGCAGGCACAAAACGCACAUGGACAGAGUCCUCCUUUUUAUAAGGAAAUCAUGACAAAAAAGAAAGCUCCAGAACCUGAUGAGCUGUAUGAGCCUAAGGAUAUUACUGUUAGAGUAAUGUCCCCUCAGUCGGUAUUUGUCUCCUGGGUGGAUCCUCCACAUGAGAAACAAAAGAACAGAGACAUCAGCUCAACCAGGCACUACACCAUUCGGUACAGAGAAAAAGGGGAGUCGGCCAGGUGGGAUUACAAACAUGCCACCCAAAGACGAGUGUUAGUGGACAAGCUUUCAUCAGACAAUAUGUAUGAAUUUUCUGUUCGAAUUUCACAGGGAGAUAGGGAUGGAAAAUGGAGUGUUUCAGUCUUUCAGAGAACCCCAGAAUCUGCUCCCACAGGUUCACCUGAAAACUUUGAAGUACAGCCACUGAAAGGGAAAGGGACGUCUGUCACUGCAACAUGGGAGCCACCUGCAGACACAAAUGGAAAAAUUAGAGAAUACAUUCUUUCAUAUGCCCCGGCUCUCAAACCAUUUGGAGCAAAGUCCAUUACCUAUCGUGGGGAUACUACCUCUGCUAUAAUUGAAGGUCUGCAGCCUGGGGACCGGUAUAUUUUCAAAAUUCGUGCAGCAAACAGGAGAGGACAAGGUCCACAGUCUAAAGCCUUCAGUGUCAAUAUGCCAACAACUAGUACUGUUGCAUCAACUUCACAUCAGCAAUCCAAGAGUUCUGAUUUUAGCAAGAAUGACCAGAGCUCUGUAUCACCUUCUAGGACAUCUUUAACAUCUUCAUCCAAGUUGCCUUCAUCUCAUUCUACCUCCAACAUUCAAAAGCGUCCCGCUUCCAAAACACCAAACAGGUUUUCACAUGAAGCUCUUAGUGAUAGGUCAGAAUUGGAGACAGAUCUUCAGUCUACUGAGGAACCAGAUGAGUCUGAACUAUAUCCUUCUGAACCUGUUCCUCCCUCGCCAUCGAAAGCCACCACCUUGAACUCAAGGAGAAAAACUCGUCCUCUUUCCCAGACAAGAUCAUACCACAGUAUAUUCUCUUCUAUUAGAUCGCCUGUUAGGAUUGGCCAAUCAGCCAUCAAACAAAGACCAGACACAACUACAUCAUCUCCCCAUUUUAAAGACAAUGAGACCAAAGAUUUAAGUGGCAGACAACAUACUUCCUCUUCAAGACAGACAGAUUUGAAUGAGGAUUUAGAGGAGGAACUUGAUGAAGAUACUGAGGAGAAACACGAGGAAGUUGUAAGACAAAAAAAUCCAGUUCAUUCAAAGGCGAAGGAUGAUGGACACAGUGAUUUUGCAAAUAAAAAACAUUCUAGUUUUGUUCCUGAUAAAAGUCAAAAUCAUAAAACUGGUUCCUCAUCAAAAGUUCCAGAAACAUCUUCUGGGUCAUCCCAGCCCCAAUUCUCCAGAACAUCAGGAAAUAGAUCAGUGAUUUCUGUUCAAAAGCCUCACAUGUUUCCUAAUUCAGAGACCAGUAAGCCAAGACGACCAAUAUCCUUUUCCAACAGGAAAUCUGUAUCACCCUCAUUGGUUACUCAUUCUUCCUCUUCAGGUGUGCCCUCUUCCACCUUAUCUGGCAAUAAGGAGUCGGCUGCUUUAAAGAAUGAACAUUCAGCUCGUAGCUUUCCUAAAAAAAAGGAAACAAACCUUGAUUUGAAAAGUGUCUCAGCUUCCUCUUCUUCCAAACCCACAGUAUUUAAAUCAGGGACUCGUCCUUCUUCUUCAAUGUUGACUUCAGGAGGGGCACGGUUACCUGUUUCAUCCAACCGUCAUUCAAGUACUAAUGGCCGCAGAACAGCAGGAACUGGUUCUACCGAUUCUUCAAGUUCUGUCCAUCAAAAAGGUGUACCAGAUCAACCAGGAUCUAGCAGGGUAGUAGAUGGUCAGCCAAAACCUGGUACUUCUUUAGUCAAAUCUAAGUCUAUUCUGCCCACAAUAGCUCAGCCAUCAUCUAGACAGCAGUCAUCUAAACCACAGGAUGAUGAUUAUGAUUAUGAAAGUAGUGAGACAGAAGUUGAGGUGGUGAAACCAGCUAUCUCUUCAACAUCAAACCAUGCUUUGUCAUACUUACCUUCGUCUGCUGUUCCUAAAGGGAGUCCCCAAAACUCAUACCUUGGAGUUAGCAGCAGCAAAGAAAUUGAUGAUUCUGUUAAUAAGCACAGUUUAUCCCCAUCAUCUCGGGUUAACCCUUCUUCAACCAAAUUAGUUCCUUCUGGGCGUAGUCGUUCAUCUUUUAUAACAAACCAUAACCACAGGUUCAGUGUGCCCAGACAGGAAACAAAACUAAGUUUACUUUCUACCCAACAAAACAUAGCAACCCCUUCAGCACGGUCUAGUGGUUCACAGUCACUAACACCAAAACACACACAAUCAGGUUCUGAUGUUUCUCUAGACCAAGAGACUGAUGAAAAAGAAAAAAGACCCAUUUCUUCAUCACCUUCAAAAUACGGCCAUGGAUCAUCAGGCUCUUCUCAAUCCUCUUUGCCAAACCACCAUUCAGUUUCAAGUGGCUCCAGAAAGCCUGAUACCUCUUCACACUUUAGUACUUCACCCUCAUCUAAUCAAGGAGGUUCACGCACACAUACUCCCAGUCUAUCAGAGUCUGGAUCAGAGGAUGAUGACUAUGACUAUGAAUAUUAUGGAAGUAAAGAGUUGUAUGAUAAAGUUGAUAAACUUAAUUCAGCUUCUGUGUUAUUGAAAUCUGUGGCACCGGAGCCAAGUACCUCAUCUUCAGUUAAACAGACAAGCUCUAGCAUUACUGGGGACAGAGAGGAAGAUGAUGCAGACAGUAAAUCAAGUUCCCCUUAUGUGCAUUCAUCCUCACAGCUGCCUACUUCACGCUCAAAUGGAAGGUCCCAUUCCCCUCAACUAACAAACCGUCAAUUUGGCUCUCGGAUUUCCAGCAGGGUGCUACCAUCUCAAAACAUAAAGCUGGGUCAGUCUUCUGUCUCGUCAAACUCCCCUUCUACCAGUGCUUCUCAGUCUGCUUCAUCUACAGAUAGAGGCACUUCCCGGGUUCCUUCUUCUCAAUUGCCUCGUUCCUCCUCCAGGCAGACCUCUUUUUCCUCUCUACCAUCUUUGAAUUCAUCUCGGCAACCAAUACAAGGGACAAGGGCCCGAUACCCUGGCCGAGCCGAUAUUGCUACACGAGAGAAAAGACCUGGCACAUUUGUGAAACCCAGUUAUGAACAAGGUAAAAAUGGUAGACCAAAUUUUACGGAUGCAAAUGGAAAAGUUUCUUCUACACCCGAAGACAAAGUCAAACAAACAGGUCGCAGGAUAAUAAAUGGCCCUCAAGGUUCAAAAUGGAUAGUAGACUUGGACCGUGGGGUGCUAAUGAAUCAGGAAGGAAGAAUUCUCCAAGACUCACAUGGCAAACCCCUUGGAGUACAGCUCGGAUCAGAUGGGCGUACUGUUAUGGAUCAUGAAGGAACUCCAUUGUUGAACCCUGAUGGGCUCCCAUUUUUUGGACAUGGUCGUGAUAGCAGGCCUGUGAUUAACCCUAAGGGGAAGUCUGUGUUGACAGUGGGAGGCAAGCCACUGGCUGCUUUGGAGAUCCGCACAACAACAAUACCACCAACAACCACCACCACAACAACCACCACCACAACAACAACUACAUCUACUACUACCACAACUACUACUACCACUCCUGAGCCAACUACUGUUCCAACUACAAUUGAGAUAACCACAGAGGUCCCUACAACUUCUGCAUUACCUGAAUGUCCUCCAGGCACCUAUUAUAACGUAGAUGAAAGUGGAAAGCCUGUAUCUGUAGGACAGAAUAUACUGAAUUGCUACCCAGAAGAGGCCCAGACCACUCUCCUUCCAACAACAGAAGCCCCCACAACUGAACCUGAGGAAGGAUAUCCAGAAACCAGGCCAUUUAACUCAAGCCCUUCGUCAGAGUUUGAUAUAGCUGGGAAAAGACGAUUUACAGCUCCAUAUGUGAACUUCAUCCGUAAGGACCCUGGGGCCCCCUGCUCAUUAACUGAGGCACUGGAAUACCUUCAAGUGGAUAUCUUGGAAGAUCUCUUUUCAAAAGAUAGCAAAAAUCAGCCACCCAAAAAUAAGCCCCACAAUAUCACAGUGGUAGCCAUGGAAGGCUGCCACUCCUUCAUCAUCCUGGACUGGGCACGCCCUGUGAAAGGCGACGCAGUAUCAGGGUAUAUGGUACACAGCGCCUCAUAUGAUGAUAUUCUGAAUAACAGGUGGUCAACCAAAAACUCCAGCGGGACCCAUUUACCUGUGGAGAACCUGAAGCCAAACUCAAGGUAUUACUUCAGAGUUCAGGCAAAGAACGUUUUUGGUCUUGGACCUAUCAGUGACACAUUUACAUACGUAACUGAAUCAGAUGACCCACUACUGAUAGCCAGGCCCCCUGGAGGAGAGCCGAUUUGGAUUCCUUUCUCCUUCAAGUAUGCCUCGACCAGCAGUGAAUGUAACGGGAGUCAAUAUGUGAAGCGUACCUGGUACAGAAAAUUUGUUGGUGUUGUCCUUUGCAACUCAUUGCGGUACAAAAUCUUCAUAGGAGACGGGUUGAAAGAUACAUUCUACAGCAUUGGCGAUACCUAUGGCCGAGGUGAAGAUCACUGUCAGUUUGUAGAUUCACACAUGGAGGGAAGGACAGGGCCUCGUUAUACUUCAAACUCACUGCCUACUAUUCCAGGUUUUUACCGUGCUUAUCGGCAGGAGCCAGUGCACUUUGGACUUAUUGGCAGCAGAACAUCUCAUUACUAUGUGGGCUGGUAUGAGUGUGGAGUACCUAUUCCAGGGAAGUGGUAAUGAUGAUUCAAACCCAUAGAUGAUGUUCUAAGAGAAAAUGACCAAAAAUAUUCCUUUUCUGAACUAAGAAAGCACAAUGAGCACUAAUGCCUAAAAUGUAAAAUUUACACAUUUCUAUGAGAGAAAAUAUUCAAAACCCAUGCAUUGGAAUGUAUUUUAUUAUGUGUUUUGUGGAAGCAGGUUAAAUGUGGUGGCAUCAAUUGAUUUUCUCUAACUGACAAAAGCAUAUUGCAAUCAAAAAUGUGUACUCUGGUCUGUGUUACACACUAGUCUGCAAUAAUAAUUCAGAUUUACCUGCCCAGUGGAUUUAUUAUUAAACAUGUGCUCAAUAAGAAUAUAUGAGCAUACAUCAGGUUGAAGAAAAAAGGUUGUUACCCUACUGAAGGAUUAAGUACUAUUGUAUUAUUCAAAAACAACACAUUCAGCCUGAUUUUCAAAAGGGGCAGAGGGAAAAACAGGUCGCAAAACACCUUUGCGACUCCAGAUAAGUUGCAAAAUGUAUUUUCAAAAAUCAUAUAAGUCAGUUGCACAAUGGAAUUUUAGGCUUUGCUCUUUUUUGAAAAUACUCUCAUAUUACAGCUUGUUAAGCAUUUGAAAUUCAUAAUUGGUUCUAUUUUGCAAAUAACGCCUUAUUUUCAAAAGGUACAAAACACCAAAAUACACUCGCUACUUAAGACAUGCCCCCCUUUCGUGUCUUAAACUGCGACCGCUAACAGGGCUACUGAGCUGUAAAUGACAAUGGAGAAUAUCAAAGCACUUCCAAUUGUUCCACUGCAACUAAACCCAGAAUAUUUUGUUCCCGUCAGACAUUUCUAGAUCUAACUAUAAAACAAGUUAUGCGUAGAUACAUAUAGGCACUAUAACAAAGCUGUGUGAUCUGCUUAAGUUUGAUUUUGAAUCACAAACAGCCCGCAGUCAUGCUAUACCGGUACCUGUAAAGGUUACAGUAGCCCUUCAUUUUCAUGCAACGGGUGCCAUCCAGACAACAGCUGGGGACAGAUCAGCAGGCAUCUGUCAGUCUUCUAUGUCAAAGAUACUGACUGAUGUCACAGAUGCACUUUUCCAUAGGGCAUACUAUUUUCAAUUGGGGAUGUGGAACAAAAUAGAACCAAACACAAAUAUUAUCAAUUGUCUGGCUUCCCAAACGUCCUAAUCUUUUUUUCCAGUUGUUGGAACCUACAUGUGCAUUGCCUCGUUGUUUGAGUUAAAUGUCCAGACUAUUGAAAUGUGACUAAUUGGCUUGUUAAUGAACCAGAAAAUCAAUUGUCGUUUCAAUUAAAUCACUCAUAAGCAGGAGUUGUAAAGGGCGUUGCGAGUAGGAGAAAUGAACCUGUCCCUGUUGAAAAUCGAGAUGUAUAAUUAGGUGGCAAAAAAAAAAAACUUGCAGUGCAAAUGCAUUGAGACCUCUAUUUUCUCUCUACAAAUGUGCCUUCUGAAAAUCAGGCUGAUUAUCUUCAACGAUACUGACACUGAGUUUACUUAUUACAAUGUAUAGUAAAAGAUCUAUGAUGUGCAAUUGUUUGCUAUUUUUACUUCAUAUCAUACUUCAUACUGCUGCCCGCCUGGUGUUCUCUCUGCCUCGCUUCGUCCACGCUACUCCACUACUCUGCUCGCUCCACUGGCUCCCGAUCACCGCUCGCAUCCAGUUCAAGGCUCUUGUACUAGCCUACAGAUGCCUUGACCAGACUGCACCCAGCUACCUCCAUACCCUCAUCUCUCCCUACACCCCCACUCGACCUCUCCGCUCCGCCUGCACUAGAAGACUAGCUCUACCUCUGCUACGCUCCCCUGCCUCCAGAGCCCGCUCCUUCUCCACCCUUGCUCCGCAGUGGUGGAAUGACCUUCCUACAGAUGUCAGGACUGCCCAGUCCCUGACCACAUUCCGGCACCUCCUUAAGACUCACCUAUUCAAACAGCACCUGUAGAACUCCUCUGUUUGUAUCCUGGGACACUAUCACCCUUCAUGUAAAUGUGCUUUAUUUUGCUCUUAUCUGCCCCCUAUUUUACUGCAUUUAAUCCUGUACUUCAGAAUACUGUAAUCUGCCAAGUGUUUAACCUGUAGUACUUUGUAUUUAAUCAUAUCCUGAUGUAACUAUCACUAUUUAAUCAUAUCCUGAUGUCACUAUCACUAUUAUCUGCUGUAUUAUUGAAUUGUGGUUUGUCACACUUGUACUUUGCUUGAACAAAAGUUAUUGUAUUUCUUGCUCUUAUUGUAUUACUUGUAUUGUAACACUUGAAAUGUAUUUGCUUACGAUUGUAAGUCGCCCUGGAUAAGGGCGUCUGCUAAGAAAUAAAUAAUAAUAAUAAUAAUAAUAUAUCUAUUAUCUGCACAAAAAGAUGUUUAAAAUGAACAGAUUUUCCUAUGGAUCAUUAUGUUAUGUUAAACUGGGCUGGGAGUUAUUUAAUUGUCUACAAGGUCAGGGAUGUGGGUAUAGCCCAGGUAGCUCAGGAAAGAAAGAAUUGCAAUGAGGUGCUAUAGAAACCACUACAGAUGAGAUCUACCAUAUACAUAGUCAAACAUCCAUUGAAAGGUCUCGGCUUUCUGCUCAUUUUUUUUUUAUCAACAUGAAACACAAAUCUAACUGCAUUCUGACAAUGAUCCGAAUCACAAUUAACUACACUUUGGAUCUUUAGAUUCAAACACUGCCCUAAUCUCCAGAAAUUAAGACACAAUUUAAGUUAGUUAUAUUACAGAAAUGUAUGUUAUUUAUUCUUACUACAUUAAAUAACAUACAGCAAUAUAUUUGUCAUAGUACUUCUGUUUUUGAGAUCACACAAAAUAUAACAGUGGAUGUUUUUUCAAUGGUUACAAUUCUUGGGUGCUUCAGUGGAUUUUUAAAAAACAUUUCUCUUGAUGUUGGAAUUUGCACUAAAAGGCAUUAUCAGAAUGGUUUCCCUGGGGGACUACCAAUGUACCUGUAAAAUAAAAAGUGCAGGCAUGUUUGUAUAAUGCUUGCAACCAGCAGUACUGUGUGCAAGGUAUAUAACUAUUCCUGUAUCAUUUGUGCAUCAUUAUUUCACCCCUCCAGAGCUAACAUUAAACUUUUAUUUCAUUUUAA